GUAAUUUUAGUAGACAGAGUGUCAACAAUGGAGGCUCUCUGCUAGGCAGGGUAUGCUGCAGUUCUAAAACAUGUCAAAGAAGAUUGAGGACAGUGAGCUUCAGACACUCACACUCUCCCCAACAAAUACAAAUGAUGAUGAAUCUUCACCCUUUGUCAACCCCGCUAGUGACGAAACUUCAUUUCCAAUUAGUCCGCCACCUUCAUUCUCCACAUUGGUAAUGACAACAUCAAGUACCGGGCCAACUGGUGAGAAAAGAAAGUUGGAGCGGAUGGUCAGUGCCCCUGGGAAUACUAGUAGUACUGCCAAAAUAGUGCCAACAUUACGGGUAUCGACUCCUCCUGGGUCUACUCGGAUAAGUUAUACAAAUGAGAGACUGAAUGAAAGAAAGUUUGACCUGAGCAAGAUCAGUCGAGACCGUCCCACUCCUGGAAACUCUAUUGGACAAAAAAAGGACAUCCUACACCCGAUGGACCACUCUUUACCUUCUCCUGGCUUUGUUGUAGCUAUGGGGUCAGUAAAUAAGGGAUUCCAAAUAAAUAAGCCAGAAUCUAAGACUGGAAACUUGGAAAAUAACCUAACACCCUCCAUUAGAUCCCAGCCAGGCAGAGGAGAGGCUAAAAUACUUGGAGCUUGCUCUAGGGUAACAGGCCACAUUAAGCCUAUGGCAAGUUAUACCGUAACUGGUCCAGGGAGUGCACGUUCCACUACCCCACACAGCCUAGGGAUUACAUUUCCUACACCACCUGGCAGAGGUGGUGCAAGCAACCGAGGGAAUCUAGGCUCCAAAGUAUUGCUAAGCAGGCCAGUAGUGCGGCCAGGGCUCAGAAUGAGGGGAGGUUUAGACGCCCGUCAGAUGGAUCGGCCAAUCCAGCAUCACACCUUCCUGGCAGAUGUGGCAGAUGUGCGGCAGAUUGAACAAGGGCUCCUGCAGCUGAUGGAAGACUUCCAGACAGGAAAUCUACGAGCUUUUGGGAAAGAUUCCCGGUUACGACAGAUGGAAGCAAUAAGGGAACAGCAAGAGAAACUAGCCAGACUUCACUUUGAUGUGGGAGCUGAGCAGGAUCUGUACCCUCCAUUAUCUGAAGAAGGGCUGAGGACCUCCCACGACAACAUGAGAACACUCAUGGAAAAACUUGCUCAGCUCUCAGAAUCCAUAGAGCGGCUUCACACUAGCAGUGAGCGCAAAUUCAACAGUAAUGAACGCAAGACAUCGUCGCAGUUUUACCAACGACCUACAGAAAACUCGAGUCAACCCAAAUUUCACUCUGGGGGUUGGAAUCGGCAAACAGAUGGACACACAGCCAAUCACCAUGGUGGCGACCCCCCUUCAAGUAUACCACAGACUAAUACCUAUAACCAUGUAACCAACAACACUUCACAACAUGCUAGUCCUGGAAAUUCCCCCUCGAGCCAUGUGCAGCAUUCUGCAAGUCGCCUCCGGAGCUCCGCCGGUAACCAGAGUGCAGGGGUAAUGAAGAAUGCCAAGGUGCCAGAUUCCUGAUGAUUGCCUCUUGUUUUUAACAUUUAUAACCAUUUAGCAGAGUAUUAAUAUCUUAGUCAAUAAACGUGAUAGCUUUGUUAAUCGUUUGGGUUUGUAUUUAAAUUUUAUAAUGCAUAUAAAUACCUCUCAUUACUGAACUUGUUAUAUAUAUUUAUAAUAAAGUUUAUAAAAGUAUAGUACUGUAUUAGUACUGGUAUGUACAGAAGCUAUGAAAGGGUUGAAUAUCUGAAGUUUUGACAUGGCCCACUUUUAUAGGCAGUUGCUACAGCUAAAUGAUUCUCACACAAUGUGGAAAGGAAUACAUGAAUUCAAUAGGUAAUAUAUAGCCAACAUAAAAUGUUAUUGAAGAAAGAGAAAAUUUGCUAUUCUCAUUCGAACAUGUUUAAUCACAUUUAUCUUUUUUACAGCUUCCUAAUAAUAUUACUAUUGUAAUAAUAUUAAGUCUGAUUGUUAUCAUACUGUAAUAUUGCCUUGUUGCUACUCUCAUGGGGGCGGGGAAGAUUAUCAGAGGAUAAAAGGGUAAUAAUACAGUAUAAUUCAAGAAAGAUUUGGAUAUUAAAAAAUAAAAUGAUGCUUUUUUUUUUGCCUUUAGUGGGAAGAGGAUCCCAGCCUACUUCCCUAUCCCAGUAACUGUAGGGAAUGAGAGAGAAUAUAUUAAUAAUGGUAAGAAUAUCUCAAAUGUCAAUGUAAAUACAGAUGCUCUAUAGCCAUACUGGCAUAGUGCUUUGAUAAUUAAUUAUUUCCUUACAGUAGUGAAAAUCAGUGGUCAGGGGGAGAAAGAUUAGCAGAGCCAGAUAAUGAAGGUACUGUAUACGGUAGAUUCGAUCCCACUGUCCUGGUCCAAAGAUUUUCUGAUAGAUAUGUUGACUAGACCACACUAGAAAGUGAAGGGACGACGACGUUUCGGUCCGUCCUGGACCAUUCUCACAAUCGAAUUGAGAAUGGUCCAGGACGGACUGAAAUGUCGUCGUCCCUUCACUUUCUAGUGUGUGGUUUGAUCAACAUAUUUCAGCCACGUUAUUGUGACUCCUCGUCUGCGUUUUCUGAUAGAUAUGUCACAUUAUUGUGAUUUCAUUGUGUAUAAGUUAUACAGUAGCUUGAAACCAUACGUCUGGGAGAAUUGUGUGACUGCCUUAGUAGGAGAGGGCCGAGAAAAUGAGUUUGACUUGGCAACAAGAGCACGAAUUAUAUAAUUUGUAGUUGCUGAGUCGUGGAUGAAAGUGUUAACCUUGGGAUGAUAUUAGUAAGUAUAUUCAGUGCACUUGUGUGAUGCCUGGUGCUGGGCUUAGCACUGGCAAUUUAUUCCUUCCAGUGAGAAUUGAUUUCAUCAAGUUGUGGAAACUGUUACUCUCUGAAGAAACAAAUGAAUAUGAAGGCAUUGUAAACUAUUUGAGAAAAUAAUGGGAAUAGUUUAAGAGCACUUCUAAUUUAGGAUGCGUGGCCUUAGGUAAGUUAAGGGGCUGAUCAAGAGUUAAAUGCAAGAAGCAAGUAAUCAAGGUGGUACCAUAGACAGAUGCUGCUGUUAAGAAUAGACUACAUUUCUUUGGAAAACCUUUAUACUGGAUUAUUAAUACCUUGUGGAUUGAUUACUAUGUAUCAAAUCAAGCAACAGGAAAAAUAUUUUAUAUUCUCUCUUAAUGGUUGACAGGUUUUACAAUAAAGAUGCUACUAAAUGAAAAUUUCAGAAGCCAUGUAUAGCAAAAGUUAUAUUAUUAUAUUAUAUACCACACAUUAUAUUAUGUGCUAUAUACAUUUAAACAUGUUAAAAAGCACUUUCAGUGUUUAAUUUAAAUUGGUGUCGAGGGCUGCACUGAGUACCAUACAAGGCCACAGGCCCCCCUGCCCCUGGACUGUAUGGUACUCUAGCAAUAAAGUAUAUAUUAGGGAAGGACAAAGAGUGGAACUGAAGCAUAUCAAAUGUGGAGAAAGUUUGAAAUUAGUAGGAAUUCACAGCAUUUCAUAAUACAGAUAAUGCCAAUAAUAUUACUUGUAAAUAUUCUAUUCAGAUUAGGGUUGACUUGUGUCUAAUUAUCACAACUUUUUCAUAAUAAAUUGGUGUUUGUCAAAUUGAAGAUGUUUAGGAAUAUAAUAUAUUUUGAUUUAAAAGCCAAACUUCAUCCUAUGCCUAUUAACUCCACCUUCAUGAUAAAGCAUUUUGAGAACUAUAUUUUGACCUCCAUUGUAGUCUAUUUCCUUUAGUUUGACCAAGGAAAAAAUACCUGGUGCAGUAGAAAAUAACCUGAAAUACUCUACUGUAAUUAGUGGCACCUUGAUGUGCAUGAAAAUUUAAGCUUAGAAAGAGGGAGGAUUUAGUUAUCCAUAAAUAAUGCAAUUUAAAAAACAAAAAACAAUCAUUGUUAACUACCAAUACCAGUUCUAGUCAAAGUGUGUGAAGAUAAACCCAAUUUUGUCCAUUAUUGCUUGCCUACCACUCCAAGUGGUCAGUACCGGCAGCUUGGUCCGUACAUAUCUUGUAUACUCCACAUUUGCAUGUAUGAAUAGAGAAUGUCUAGGGGUGACUGUGGAACAUCAUAAAGAAUUUUAUAAAUAUCAUGUAUGGGAAAUUGCAUGGUGUUGGCCAUUAGUAUAUUAUUUUGUAUUUAAAAUAUAAUUUUUCUUUUUCUUUUUUUUUAAGACAAUGUUCAACAAUUUUUAUAUGGGAUUUGGUGCAAAUGCAUUUUCCUUAUAUAUCACAUUACAUCAUCCUAAUUAAUAAUUACCCUUUGUAAAUACAUUACAGUAAUUGCCUUUUAACACUGAAGAGUUUAUGGAAUGUACAUGUGCAGGUUUUAACUAUGGGCACGGUGUUAUAUAUGCAUAUGAUGGCAUUGGUAUGUUCAUCCAUGACUCCCUGUUAAACUUUACACAGCAAAACUUAACAUUUUAGGUCGUUAAAACUAAAAUUUUAGGUAUUUAGCAAAACUAAAAUUAUAGAUCAGCCAUUGGUCAGUAUAAUAAAUUUGUGACUUCCUUUCACGUGUUCUGUUUAACUACUCAAAAAAACUAUUAAUUAAAACCUAUUUAACAUUACAGAUCAUGAGUUUGUUAAAACCUCUUCAGAAAGGAACCUUCUGGGAGGGUUCCUUCAGUAGUUUCCCAUAGCUAAGCGCUGGCAUUGGCUAGUCCAGCCAAGCUUUUGAGAGGCCUCAGAGAUUCACCAUUUCUUACUAGGAAACAACCAGAAUCUGCCUCUACGAGAGGCUAGAGGAGCUCAAGGAUCGGAGAUCAGUCCAAAAAUGCAAAAAACUCACCAUAAAGCAUAAACACAACAAAACAUGGAACUACUUGAAAAAAUAACAUAUCUGGAAGUAAGAAGACAAACAAUUGUUGCUGUAGGGGCAAAUGCCCUAAUCAUGAUACACCUGGCUGUACAGUAUCAGGUGGGUGCCUAGGCCACCUGAGGCUCCUACCAGGCUACCUUCUUGCUUGUUUGGUACAGUUUAAACGGAUAAGGGUCAUGGUUCAUAUGACAAGGUCUCUCUGCUUCACAAUUAGGCUAAGUGGCAUUGGCUAUCCCUGGAACACUGGUUCCACAAUGGGCCAUAACUUUAUCCAGUGUUUCCCUUUUCCUUCAUGAUUGUGCUUUUAUGUGUACACCACUUACAUUUUUUUAACUCUGUGGAUCACUGUUCCUUUCCUUGGUAGUUGGUUUGCAUUUUUCUGGCCCCACCAAAGAUACGCUAUGAUACGCAAAGAAACGCUAUGCGUACUAGUGGCUUUAGGUAUUGUAUGUACUAGCUCUAUCUAUAAAUCAAUCAGAAUGUUUGUAACUCUGCAUCUCUGUAUGUACUUUUCCUAAAUAAAAUAUUAUUAUAUUAUUAUUAUACUUUGAAAAGUUCAGGUUCCUUCUUGAUGAGCUGAUUUAGGUUAAGUCACCUUUCUUGCAGGUAGAGCAGGAGACUGUGAGGCCUGUUGAUGUCAAGUGCAGUAGCUGCAUGAUCAUGCCUAGUCCUUCAUGUGUUUGUUGCUUGGGUUACAUAAGUGAUAGUCCUUGUCUGUGGCUUCCUAUGCCUUUCCUUGUCAUGUGUUUGUAGUUGAGGUUUGUUCAGCCAAGAAGUUUCCAUCAUUCCCGAGACACCUGCCUGCCUGUGUGAUGGUCCAAGGGGCUGGUAGUGUGAUGGGCCUGUUUCUUAUGGCAAUGACUGUCAGUCUCUGCCUUUGUGGCUAUGUACACAUCUCAGCCUUUGUGACAGUGGCUUUGACCUCACGUUCUCUUCAAAGCCUCUGUUUCUUGGGCAUCAGACAGGCUGUAGCUUCCUUUGUGCCUUUGCCUCAAUUUGUGUGUAUGGCAGUCAUGUCAUAUGGGUCCUUUGUUUUGCUCUUUGGAACUUUUGGUGGGUCAUUAUCCUCUGUUCCUUCUGCCCUGAAAAUUUAAUUUGAAACUGAAUUUCCAUUUUUCCUGCCAAGUUUGGGCUUUGGCUCAUGUGCCCCCAGUUCUCAACGAUGGGCAAGCUGACCCAUCAAAACUGUCAAAACACAAAUGAAUCAGGGUAUUGAUUUGUGUUUUGACAGUCACAGCAGAUCUUAUCUUUGCUUUCUUGCUGCUUGGGUGGUGCACCUAGGUGUUAGCCUUUGGCUUUGAUUAGCUUAACACUUGUUUUGACAUUUGGCAUAUUGUUAGUGUCCCUCCACACUGGGCCCUUUUCUUCUACUGCUCUCUCCCAUGGAUAAGCUCUGGCCACAUUUUUUUUUUUUUUUUUUUUUUCUCCUUUUUUUUUCAGAAAUACUGACCACUGCUAAGGCCCUGUUGAGUGUUUGCUAUAUGGAACUACUGGAGGAAUUUUCCAGUAUAUUGAAUAUAAUGGCACUUUUCUGGUUGGGCCCUCGGUAGUUUGACUUCCUUGUACCCUUUCCCGUGAGGUGGAGUGCUUGGUUUGGGCAGGUCACAAGAUAGCAGGCUGGAGUCUUGGGUGACCUGGGCAGUCACUCACCUAAUGGCAGUCAGGUGCAUAAUGAAAAGGUGUUUACCCAACGGCAUGAUCCUUUGUCUCAUUACCUUGAGUGCCCAAUUUUGUAAGAAAUUGUUUGUUUUCUUGUGAUUAUGCUUCCUGGUGAAUUUGUUUUGAUAGGCAGUGAUGGGUCUCCGAGGCCUGGUUCUUCUCCCUUGAAGCUUGGCUGGACCAGCACCCAGGUACGGUGAGCUACUGGGAGCGCACUAGAAGUAAACAUUUCAUUAUGCUCUGUGCCUGACUUUUACCAUGUAGAUUUUAAAUGUUUUGUUUUUUUCCUUGCACAACAGUGCACUCUAGCCACAUGUAGUUGUAUCUGUCUUCUAACUACAAUAUCAGUUUGUGAGACAAGACUGAGGUGCCAUUCAUAAUGGUGUUAGUUUGUUUUAUUGUGAACAUUUUUUUCCUUGGCAUGUAAUGGUGUGAUUUAGCAAACAUUUUCUCUAAACUCUUUCUCUUGUGUAUUUUAGUCCAAUAUGGUACACCUGUUCCCUAGGUGUAUAAUUUUUAUAAUUAAAUUUAGAUCAUAAUAUUUGUGUACGAGACCAUAUUUAUGUAUCCAUUUAUGCUUGAUUUUUUCUUUACACAGUAAUUACAUGCUCCAUCUAUAUGGGCAUGUGGAUAUGCAUGAUGGAUAAUGGCAGCCAGUUGAUUGUGUGUAUUAUUCCAUUCAAAUGCACAAAAGGCACGACAAGACUCUUUUAUUCUGUAAAUAAUGCCGUAGAUGCAUCCAUAUAUUAGUUUAACUGGGUUUGAUAAAUUUUUGCAAAGCAAAAAUGCAUUGUAUGAAAAACUUCAAGCAUGGUAGUGGCUAAUACAAGUCAUUUGCUUGCUAGUGACUGGUAUAUUUCUGCUGCUGAUGGAUGCAAGCUACUUUAUGCUUACAAGUGGCAACAAAAAAACUUAUAAAAUGGAUGCUAUUGACUGGUGCAAAAAACCAAACUGGUGAUUUUUUUAUUUAUAAAAUAUACAUCAAUAAGAGUGCAAUACAGUAGCUACUUGGAUGCAACUUGCUGAGAAAUCCAAUCAUAGCGAAUACAAAGUUUAAGAAUGACUUGUUAUGGACGCUGAAUAAAGUGUUUUUAGAGAUUACAUUCGAGUCCUGACAAUGUGUUGCAUUAUUGUUCUGCGAACAAUGUACAGGUAUUGUACAAAAUGAAAUGCUGCAUUGAAAGAUUUUUUACUUAUUGUAGUUUUAUUCAUAUUUAUUGAUACUGGUAUAAAAUAUACUGUACAUAUAGAACAAGCAUCUACAGCAUUAUAAGGAAUAUACAGGAGAUACACUUGGCCAGCAUCACAAGUACUGUAUAGCAAUUCUCUACAUCAUUUUCAUAGAAGACAAAACCACAUUUAUACUAAUUAGUGAACACUUUUUUUCACAGUAUAGUAUUGAGAUUGUAAACAAAAUUAAUAAAUAUAAUUACUAAUA